GGCUGUUGACACGCGUGAAGAACGAGGCAGCCUAUCGCACAGCGCCUGUGCUGAGAGACGACCAAUCGGGCUGCCGCUGUUCGCCCGAGAGAGGAAGCCGCCAGCAACACGGCCCCUUGGACGCACGGGCGGAUGAGCGUGCGCUGUUGAACAUCGAGUUUUCUUCCGUCCAUUCACGGGCCCAUCCAACCAGCCACGGCCCCCGCGUCGAGGAGGUGCCCGCCCUGCGGGAGCCGAGAGCGCCAACCCCGGCCGCGGAUCUAGGCGAGGGUCGGUGUCUCGCGCGGGGCCUCGCACAAGUCGCGGCCAUUUGAACGAUCCGCAGUUUUGGUAUUUUUGAGUAGCAGCAGCAGCAGCGGCUGUCGAGGCCGUGUGUGUACGCGACCGUGUGAACGAUUUUCGACAAAGAUGAGGUGGACGGCGAGGGUACAAUGAGCCGUGGGAGUCCCGUCAAAUCGUACGACUACCUGCUCAAGUUCCUCCUGGUGGGUGACAGCGACGUGGGCAAAGGGGAGAUUCUGGCCACACUGAGCGAGGACGGGGAGGGAGAACCUCCGGGAUUCUGCUCCGGAGUCGGCGUAACCUGUAAAACAACAACAAUCCUUCUGGAUGGACGACGUAUUAAACUCCAGCUCUGGGACACGUCAGGACAGGGAAGGUUCUGUACAAUCUUUCGCUCAUACUCCCGUGGCGCACAGGGCAUAGUGUUGGUCUAUGACAUCACCAGUCGUUGGUCUUUUGAUGGAAUCGAGAGAUGGAUCAAAGAAAUUGAUGAGCAUGCGCCAGGUGUGCCCCGAAUCCUGGUGGGCAAUCGCCUGCACCUAGCGUUCAAGCGGCAGGUCAGCACGGAGCAGGCGCAGGCCUAUGCGGAGCGCCACAGCAUGACCUACUUCGAGGUCAGCCCGCUGUGCAACUUCAACAUCACCGAGUCGCUAACGCAGCUCUCGCGCAUCGCCCUCAUGCGGCACGGCAUGGAGCGCCUCUGGAGGCCCAACCGAGUGCUGAGCCUGCAGGACCUGUGCUGCCGGUCCAUCGUCUCGUGUACGCCAGUCCACCUCAUUGACAAGCUGCCUCUCCCCGUGACGGUGAAGAGCCACCUCAAGUCCUUCUCGAUGGCCAACGGAAUGAACGCCUUCACCAUGCACGGCCACUCUUACUUCCCACACACGAGCAACGCCGGGAAGAGGAGCAGUCUGAAGAAGUCUCCCUCCAUCAAGGCCACACGGCCAGUGCUGUCCCCUCCCGAGAGCUGCACGAGGAACAGCUGUAAAAUAUCUUAGUCGUCAAAGCAAACCCCCGUCCUUGGUCUGAGAACCAUUUUGUUGGCCCAGUCUUAAUGUUAUUGUGUUUCGUUCAGAGAGGACUCUUCGUCAUGUUUGAAAUGUUGUUUAUGGGAGAUUGUCAAAAAAAGUUACACUUUUAAAGGAUUGUAGGUCAUCCUAUGCACUUUUUGCUAUCAGUGUUUGGUCAUCUUUGUGCAGGUGUGUAUAUGUACAAGUGUGCAACCUUGUGCACUGCUUUUGUUGAAGCUGAGCAAAACCGAUUUGGAUGGGGAUAGUCAUGAUUUAUUGUGGUGUUGAAUUGACUGCAAACUUGUACAGUGUAAAUAUAUUGACAUGUACACUCGUGUACAUAUCUCUCGUAAUGUUUUUCAUCCUUUUUAUGGCGUAUAAAGAUCUUCCUCAAGUUGGGUUUUUUAAUACAUGGUCAAGGUGAUAUUCACAAACAAGGUCUACUAUGGGUAUUUAUUUGUAGUAGGUUUUUUUACGAAUUCUCACGAAUUUCUGGCUCUCAGUGAUCUUCUAUGGCUUCAGUCAUGUCCUGAAGCGGUCAUUUUGAGCUCGAAGAUGCACCACUCUAAGAAUAUGUUUACAGGUUUUUAAAAUAUUUUAGGACAUAAGCUUACACAGCUAACAUAUCGUGUGCAACACACUUAGUUACAGCAAGCAGAGCAUGGGGAACUUUGGAGUGCCGUGCAAGCAACAGAGCCAUUACACGUGCAUCAAAUGUUAGCCAAUUUGAUAGCUUUCAUUUGUUUGGCUGUUUUGUGUGUUAAUUAUUGAUAAAAAAAAGUGUACGUGUGAUACUUGCUGUCAUGAUGUAUUUUAAUAGUGGCAUGUGCCAACCGCAGUGUUCCAUGUGCUUGACAUGUUUAUACGAAGCAUAGAUUUGUCCACCGUUAUGCAAUUGUCCAGCAAUGCACAAUGGUUUAAAACACUCAAUUUAUGUAGGUAUAAAGUGUGUGUUUAGGCCGUUGUACACUAAUAAAUAGCUACAGCGCUGGAAUCUGAAAAUCGCAGCCUCCACAGACAUGGCGUCUUAAAGUUAAGUGGUACACACAUUUUAGUACGCAAUCAAUUUAUGUAAAAAAAGUUGGGUCUGUGCAUCUUGCUGUUGGCCUCGCAUACAAAUGUAUUUUUUUGCAAAGUAGCAUUGUGUCUGAGUGAAAUGUGUAAGAUGUGGCGGGCCUGCUUGUUGGGGGAACUGGUUUCAGCAUUUGACAUGGAGGGGAAGGAUCAAGGAAAAGUAAAUAGUUAAACAAAUCUCUCUCUCUCCGACCUCGAGUUGGUGCAUCCCAUGGUGCAUACAUCAUGCUGAGUAUAGUCCUGGAGUUCUGUGGCACCAUUUCAAGUGGGCAGGGAAGCUCUUGUCAUUACAACGGAUUAGUGCAGGUAAUUUCGAAAACAAUAGUGAACCAGAGGAAAUGAUUAGUUGCCCCAGCAAGUGCUGGCCUGUGGCCAGACCUGUUCUUCAGGAAGGCUAUGUGGAUUUCUUGGAUGGAAAACCUGUGGAGCUUACCGCUUUUCUGAUUUGGUUUCUGUUUUGGCGGACGGUAUGCAACUGGAAGUAGGACAAGAAAUGUACAUUUGGUCGACCAGCUUGGCUUGGCCAUUCGUGAUGAGCAGCUAAUAACCUUGAUGUGAUUAGAACCACAAGCCAAACACUACUACAGCAACCUGUGAGCAAUACAGCUUCUUAAUGAACAAGAAAACGGUGCAAUCGGAGCAAAUGUUCAACUCUGUCCUACGCCCCAAUGUGGGCGACUCCAAUUUGAUUUGGCACGGCAUCCCUGUUGUUUGGAGUGAUCUGGUGAAUUGUGUAUUGCGUGGCACCAGAAAUAUAAUAUUUUUAGAUCAUUACAAUUGCGUUGCACAUGUUGGGCACAUGUCAGUGCGAGACACACUCAGGAGUUCAUGAUCCGUGUUUUAUUGACGUUUGACUUGAUAGUCUGUUUCAUUUUCAUUGUGGAAUUGUUUCAAGUGGUUUAACAGGUUUCAUUUGAAACCAAAGAUAUUUUAAUGUGCUUGUGAAGUGGACAAUGGUGGUGUAUUUUUCAUGUAAAGUGUAACGCAAUUUUGCUUAACUAUUUCAUAAGGGGAUGACGAGUAAUAGUGUGUUUUAUAAUACGUAGUUAAUUUGAUAAUUAUAAUAUGUAUAUAAACUUUAAUAAAAUAGUGCUGUUGAAAUUGAUUGUACCUUUAGCCAGUUUUGAAAGCACAUUUGCAGAUCUAUGCAAAAAGACUUAAAAAAGAACAUUUAGUAGUAAGAGUGCAUGAUGUUAUUGUUUCAUGCAUACCAUAAUCUGGAUUGUUUUUAUUUUGAAUGGGCAUUGACAUGUAUAUUAAAUGUUCCUGUUGGACAACAAUAUUAGUUGAUUGAGUUUGUUGUCAAAAACGAGGGACUUUUGUUAUAGACUUAUGAACCAAAUUAGUUGGAAAAACUUCACACACUCCAGAGCAUCUGUUAAACACUCAGCUUUUCGUGUCUUGUGAGAAAGCUGGCAAACCAAAACAAACUUAAAAUUUUCAACAAUGUAUUUUAAACCGGCAGUUUUUUUUAUUCCAUGCACCGUUGGCAGGACAAUAUUUUUUCAUGACAUCAGCACUUAAGUAGUUAAAAGUUAUUGCAAAACUCACCAUCAGCCAAGAGUGGUCAUCCUAUGGAUAUUUCCUCCCUCCCCACCACAGAGGUGGAGUUUAAAACACCGACUCGAGGCUAUCAACAGAUGGGCGCUGCUUAAAUGGUCGUGGAGGAAGACAUCUGAUCUGUGUAACAUGUUUUCAAAAUGUGUCUUGUUGCAUACGUUCAGGUUUAACUUUGUAUAUUUAUCUCUAUCAAACAACUCGGUACAUCACCACAAGUGUUGUCUUCAAGGUUUGCCAUCACAAUUUGGUCUGCCUUUCGGCUUCAAUAUUUGUUAAUAUUAAAAUAUAAAGCUCAGUCCCAGAGGGCUUGUACUGUGUUGUAUUUUACCCAGUAAAUCCUAAAUCGGGGUCCGCAUGAAUUGGGCAUGUUUACUGUGCACCGUAUCUGUAAAAUAUAAAUGCAUUUAGCCAUGUACUGACAUUGGCCUUGCAUAUAGAUUCUAGCAACAUCUCUUUCUGCAUUAGUACUGAUAGAGUGUUAAUGUGUAAAGGUUAGGGCAUGAAAAAACGAUAGGAAGAGGAAAUGAUCGAUGAAUUUAAUUUAUUGACGCUUGAAAAACUACACCCUUUGGUAAAUUAAAAUAAAUACAUAGUUAAACAAUAUAUAUGCAAGCCCCAUCAAUGGGGAAAAAGUC